UUUUUGUUUCAGUAGCUGGUGGAUCUCCUGCUCGGCUCCAGCGAGCUCAGAUAAUUCUGCACAAACCAGAGAAUAAAUGAUUGAUUCUCUGUAAAGCUCAUGAGAACAGAAGGACAGUCUGCAUCAUUUUGUGGCUGCUUGGGGUCUUUAUCACGACUUCAUUAAGAAGACAACAAGUUCAGAACUGAAUUCAAAAGCAGUGAGGGAUGUCUCCUCAGGAGAUCAGUCUGCUCCUCACACAUCGACCCUCAGCUUCCACCGCUGUUCUGCUUCUAACUCUUCUCCUCUGCAGAGGUUAUUCUCAGGAUGGACCUGUGCAGCAAAUAGUGGCUCUGCUUGGCGAUGAUGCUGUUUUACCCUGUUUCCUUAAAACUCCCGUGGACGCUUCAGACAUGCAGCUGGAGUGGGCGAGAACCGACCUGGCACCAGGAUUUAUCUACGUGUGGGAAAAAGACAAAGAAAACAUGGAGCUCAAACAGGCGUCGUACGUGGGAAGAACUUCACUGUCCUCUGACAGAGUGAAGCAUGGAGACGUCUCACUGACUCUCUCCAAAGUACAGCUGUCUGAUGAGGGACCGUACAGAUGUUUCAUUCCACAGCUGGGUCAGAGGUCACAUGUUGACCUUGUUGUGGGUUCAGUCUCUGCUCCUGUCAUAAAGGUGAUUUCCAAUCACAGCAGCAGGGUGGUGUUACAGUGUGAGUCUGCAGGCUGGUAUCCAGAGCCUGAGCUGCUGUGGUUGGACGGUGAGGGAAACCUCCUCCCUGCUGGACCUACAGAGACCCUCAGAGGUCCUGAUGACCUCUAUACUGUCAGCAGCAGAGUGACUGUGGAGAAGAGACACAGCAACAACAUCACCUGCAGAGUCCAACAGAAGAACAUCAGCCAGAGCAGAGAGACACACAUACAUGUUCCAGGUUCUGUUAUGAAGCAACGAUCGGCCACUUUCAUCAUCGUGGUUGUGUGCCUGCUGUAUGUUUGUGCAGUUAUCGCUCUUGUGUGGAAUUGUGCACUAAAAAUAUGCCCCAGAAAACCUGACCCCGAGAAGAACGAAGGUGAGGAGCUGAAGAGCCAAAAACAAAAACACAGCAGAGCUCCUGCUGACAACACCGAGAGCAAAGAGCUGAAAGAAGAGCCGCCGUCAGAACAGCUGGAAAACCACCCGACUGAUCCUGACACGAGUGAGGAGAUCCAAGAAGAGGAGAAGAAAGAGGAAACAGAGACGCAGACUGCUGCACAGGCUGACCUACCAAGCUGUGAGAGUUAAACAAAACUGAAGGACAAGUGAGCCGAGUGAACACGAAGGUCCAAACCCGACACUCCAAACACACUGACUGUGUUUGUCUGUAAUAUGGAGUCUUUGUGUGUCUGCUGUACCCACUGCUUCGAGGAGAUGAUGCCAUAAUGUGCGUGACGUUACGGCAAAGUUCUGACGCCAUUCCAUCUGUGAGGAGGCUACAGUGAGUUCACACACAGGAAACAAAAUAUGAAGCACAUUUAAUGUCAAAUGUUUCAGCUUUUUUGGUUUGUUUAUCUGUCUGCAGAUGUGGAAUAAUUUGACCACAUCUGUAAAAUAUUUGUGAUAUGGGUCUCUGUGUGCUCUCCAAACCAUGCCAAACUCCACUUUUCGCUACACUUUUUGUCUACAGCUUCCAGUCAGGUUCAUGCAAUACAUUUUUUACCAGUAGAGGGUGCCACAAAUCAACCUGUUGCUAUCAUAGCAGGAUCUGCAUGAAAAAGACAAACUGAGCUUUCACUACACAACUAAGAGCCUGAAAUGAAGGAGUCUGAAUGACAGAGUGUAGGUCAGCCUGUGUCACACCUGAAGAUGGCCCGCAGCCAGAAAUGUAACAUUUUGAGCUUUUUGUUGAUGCUCGGUUUUCUGGUGUUUUGCUGGUUGUACAUUUUUUUUUGUAAAUAAAUACAUUUUUCUAAUUUGCUACCUUGUUGUGUGUAGAGUCAUAUGAAACAGAAAGUACAUGCUCUUUACAUUAUGAGGUUUUAUAUAUCAGGACAUGAUGAAAAAUCAUCUGUUCCUCAUCAGAUUUCAAUACAACCUCAGAUGAACAACAACUCAGAUUGCAUUGUGUUAUUUGUAUAAUAGAAAUUAAAGAGGACCUGAAACCGCACAUGUACAAAGGCUAAUGUACAACA